GCAAGUCGCGGGCAGGCUGCGAUCGGAAAGCGUGCAUCUAUUUAUUUACUACCUGCUAUCUCCGUGUCAUGCAUUCGUAGGCAGCGAUUGGAUAGUACAGCCUGUCGGUUGGGUUUCAAGCAGAUUUUUUUUUGCUGACUUAAUCCGUUCUCUCUCUUUCUGUCUCUCUCUUGCCUUGGAAAAGAUGGUUAUUCGUGUGUUCAUCGCCUCCUCUUCUGCCUCUGUUGCGAUCAAGAAGCGGCAACAAGAAGUUGUGGGAUUUUUAGAAUCCAACAAAAUUGAAUUUGAAGAGAUUGACAUAACAAUGUUAGAAGACCAGAGAAGGUGGAUGUAUCACAACAUCCCACAGGAGAAGCAGCCUGCCAAAGGAAACCCUCUUCCACCUCAGAUAUUCAACAAUGAUGCUUACUGUGGAGAUUAUGAUGCUUUCUUUGAAUCAAAGGAAAACAAUACAGUGUCCACAUUUUUUGGUUUAAAACCAAAAUCACCGUCACAGUGCUUCAGCCUACUCAGGAAACUCGGCGUCAUACAGACCAAAAAGAGGACCAUAAAGGACACUGAACCAUAGUUCCCUGAAGACCCAUCUUUAACCUGAACCAUUUGCCUCGUGCGGAGCUGGCUCUAAGCUUGGCUGGUCAUUAUCAAAAAUCUUUAUAGAUCCAGCACAAUAAAAACCACUCAUAUGUUCACCAACAAUUGCUGUGUAAUCCGGUUUAUCACAAUUGAUAUUUUUUUUUUACCGGGCAGUAUUACAUGGAAAGUAGUAUCAGUCAUGUCACCUAGACUUGGGAACAGUCAAAUGUUUUAUCACUUGAAUGGUUCUUGUUUGCUGCUCGCCAUUUUGCCUUAUUGUAUCCUGGUUCACUUCAGCAGCGCUUUGCCUGUCUUACUGCCUUUGCCUGGGUUAUCAUCAGUAGUGAUACAAAGAAGAUCUCCAAAUUUUACCACUUGUGUACUGUGGGUGGGAAUAACAGAUAGAUAGCUAAGAGUUGUAUGGCCAUAACAUGUAAAUUGUGAUAUUAAAAAUAACACAAGCAGGUCACUUGUUUCUGCUUUUAAGAACUUGAGAAGGUUUUGAGAAUUUGCUUGUCUCAUGUCUGCCUCCGCACUAGAAAACAUGCUGAGAGUAUUGCUGGCGUGAUGCCAGUAAAAGUCUGCAAAGGAGUGAUACUAAAUCACAUGAUUGGUACAAAAGCAUAUUUGGAACUUUUUUCCCAACUAAGAUAUUGAUUUUCACUUGUUAUCUAUUCUUGUAUUUGUUAUCUUUCAAAGGUCCAUAUAAUUUACUAUCAGAAUUCUUUUUAUUGUAGAUCACAGAUGUUUAUUGUCGAUGAAAAGGUUGGUACAUUUAGAGAUGCAGUUUUUUCACUAGCUGUGGUAAACAUAUAAGCUUAGUAGAGUUUUUGCAUGCUAAUUGUGCCUAUUAAGACAAUAACAACACAAACUUUAUUGACGUAAAGGGUAGGAAAGGAUGCCUAAUCAAAUGACAAAGUGAAGUGGAUGUCUGCAAAGCCUUAUUGCUAAAUUCUCUAACCACCUAGAAAUAUUUCCACACAGACAUGGCUGUACUUGGACCAUUCAAACCAACUCCUGUCAUGUGCUAGAGAAAAAUAAGUCCAAAAGUGCACGAUGUCUAAGUUUCCAACGAACAAGAGCAGGAGUUAGCUUGAAUUUUUCCAUCCUGUCACAGUCCCCAUAUCCUGAGCAUUGAAGCAAUAAUACCACUGGUAUGAGCACAAGGUACGCAGUGGAGACAAGGUAAAUACGUCAUAUUAUAAAAUACAGUAGUAAUGUACCAUCUAUGUCUUCUAUUAGUUACCUUGUCAAUAACACAUAACAAAUCCUAUACUUGCAGAGUGAAUGGAUUACUAAAUACUGCUAAUCCAUUUUUGGCUGUCCUGCUGUCAAACCUAUUCGCGAUAAUUUGGAAAACAAUCCAUUUAGAACUUUAACUUCUUUAAUGAAAACAAUUUUCCCAAAUGCUUCUUUGUUUUAGAUAUGCACGAUGUAAUAUAUUUAAUUUCAUUGAACUCCAUCAUUAUCACAUUGGCAUUCAAUAUCAUUCUGAUGAAAUUAAGCAUCGGUCUCUUCCUGAUAAAUACAAAGGAAGUUUUGUGAAAUAGUUAAUUUCCGUGAAGACAGAUGCAUAAUUUUUGCCUGUCUAUUUUGAAGCCUAUUUGGAGUUCAGUCUGCCUCAUGAAUAUUAUCUACAAUCCACCAUUCUUUUUCAAUUUUCUUGUCAUCAAUGAGACUUGACAAGACUUGCUAACACGUCUUCCAAUCUGUUGGUGCCAUGAGGUAUUUUGUUUUACAAGAAUAGAAGCAGUUAAAAUUUUGAGUCUGCUUUUACGUUCCACAAUAAGAACAUUUCUAUUGCAUCCUGUUACUGAAAACUCAUACAACUUAUUUGCAAACUCCUAAGGCCUCAAAUCUCAACCGAACUUCUCCAAUGUCCCGUGAUAACUUUGGCAGAGGAUGAGCAAAUUUCCAGAAUGAGUAGACUAAUUACCUGAUAAAUGGAUGCCAUCCAUUUUUCUUGCAGAAAUUGUGAUGGACACAGAAUACACCCCUUUGGCAGUUUUAGGAGCUCUGUCUGCACUGUAACUCAAUUAGAGACAACCUUGGGCUUCUUUGCAUGAUUUUGCAUUCCAGGAACAGCUUCAAAAAAUGAUCCUUUGUAAGUAAUCUAACUAAUGUCUCAUUAAUUUUUAUUUUAAAUAGUUCUGCUUAUAAUUUGUAACACAUGAGCACCUUGUUCAACCUUCUGUGCAGUGAUUUCCUUAACAUACAUCAGUUGUUAUGAGGAAACUGACUGAAGAAUGCUUGAAAAGGUCUCUCUGUAUUCCUGAAGGCAUAAAACCCUGCAAUCAACAUAGCUGUUAGCUGUGGUGGAUGAGGACUUUUUUGUGUACCAACUGAAGUGCCCCAUAGCUAGCAAAGAUCUUACCAAAGCAUGAAAAUUAUGCUGAACCUUCAGAAAGCUGUACACCACAAUAAAGUAUUGCAUUAAGUUUUCAUCACUAAGGAGAUAAUGCACAUUAAUUACCUUUACCAUCAAUGCUUUAGGUAUUUUGCUGAUGUGUCACUUAUAUAUCCGUGCACUAACAGGGAUGUUCAAAUAUUGGAGAAAACUAAGGGAUGACUUUUCACCUCCUUGUCAGUGGUACUAAUAUAGAAAAGUCUGUGGAAUCCUGAAAAAUAUAUUUAUGCAUUUUUCAGGUUUACACAGUUCUUACAUCAAAUUAGCAGCAGAUGAACAGAAAUUCCCCUAUCAGUGUUCAUCCUCUAGGGGUGCUUUGUGCUAAAGAUUGGAAAUUUACUGCUAUUUCAGCAAUAAGUCAAGAAAGUCUUGAUACAUCUGUGGGGCAGUUCUGAUACGAUGAAACACACUUGAUGCUGCAUUGGUUAGA